AUGAUUUCGUAUGUGGAGUGUCUGGGUGGCGAGGGGGCGGGGCCUGGCGUGGCAUCACGCUGCUGGAACACGGGUCCUGAUGAAGAGCGAGACGAGCUUCUUCCACGCAAGAUGGCCGCCCUGCAACCGAAAACGGAGGGCAGCUUGCGCCGUCGCCUGCUCAGCGCCAAACUCCACCAGCACCACGAUGCCAUCUGGGGCAUGAAUGCAGGUUGCACCACCGGCAGGCCAGGGUCUCCUUCAGGUGACAAAAAGUCCCUCCCACCUCACCUUCAGUAUCCAGGCAACAGCCCCUGGUACCGCCCCCAGCACCUCUCACCACGCCCCCAUGUCCACCCUUCCUUUACUCCGGAGGCACAUGGGAAACUAUUCCUUGCUCCAGAGGCUCAUUGGAAAUCCCACCCACAAUCCCUACCUGUUCAGCUGCAGCACUCCACCUGUCCUGUUCUCACCCAGCGUCGCCGAACAAGCUCAUGUCCCCCCACCCCAGAGCCCCGCCCCGGGUACACCAUAUCCGUCCCCUCCCAUCUCAGCUCCUCGUCCACCCUCAAGGAGCUGGAGGUGCCGCCACAGUACCGCUACCAGCCCAGCAGGAGGCGCAGGACCAGCUUAUUCUUCUUCAGAUGGCGCCGAGGGAGGAGCUCUAGGCUGGAAGCCUCACAAACCACGCCCCUUCUUCACAGAGUGUGUGGCGUCGUUAUGGUUCUGAUCGGAGCAGCGAUCAAAUCCGUCCUCAAAUAUCUCAGUAAGACCAGAGCAGGGGACAGGGACAGUAAGUGGUCUGUUCACUACACAACCCAGAAGCCUCAACAGGGUCUGGUCUUCAUCCCUGGAAAAAGACGAUGCGGCAGCGCUGAUGAUCUGCACGCGUGUAACGUGCUGACUCAGCAUGGCUGCGGUGGACCCCCCAGCUCUCACCUGCAUCAACCACGCCCCGCCUCCCCUCCGUCCUCUUCUGGCCUGGACCAAUCAGAAGGCAGCGCACGCAGAGGGUUGAAGGACAAAAGCCAGAGGAUGUCGUCAGCCUCCUCAGACGAAGACGAGACGUUCAUCUUGAACAACACGCGACCUAUGACCCCACUUGUCCUGAACCCCGUCCAUCUCACCUCUUGUUGGAACGCCUUUGCACCCUCAUACGAGCCGACAAUUGACCUGGAGAUGGAACCGACCCCCCGGCUUCCAACACCGGAGGAGAGGAUGAGGCAGCAGGCCGAGGCAGUUCCUGCUGAUAUUGUUCCUAUCAAUAUAACAGGUGAGAGUUUUGAUCGUCAGGCUAGUUUUCGAAGAAUGGUUUCCAAUGCUGACUCAUUAUCCCGGCGACCACGAAACCUGAGCCGCCGCAAGACAGUUACUGGGAUACCUGAUGAUGUCAAUCGGAAGCUGGACUCGCCUUCGGUCUCUUUGGUUCUUCCCGGCCAGUUCUCCACCGUGGGUCGACCUGCCUCCUCCUCCUGCGCAUCCAGGCACCAACAGAAGAACAGAGAGGAGGAGGUGGAGAAGAGGGAGAUGGGAGAAAUCAGAAGGAAGGAGGGGCCGUCAUCAGUAAGGAGGAUCCGAGCCCCAAAGGGAGAGGGGAUUUCCAGUCUCAUGGCCUCCCUUACUUCCUCCCCACGUGUCAACUCCUGUAACAACCAGUCACAGGAUCUACAGGAUUUCCCCAGUGACCUCCGGCCCUUGCUGCCCUUCGACCCCACAUCCAGAGUCAUCCCACAGUCUCCUAUCUCCUCCUCCUGUUCCUUUCCUUCCUCCCCCCUUCCCUCCUCCCUUCCCAGCACCCCUAGCCAUGCCCUGCAACCAGAGUGGUCUUACCCCAGCGAUAAGCCGCUGAAUGAGGCUGCCCAUCCUCACAGUUCCCUUUCCUCCUCCCACUACCUGUCAUCUUCCUCCAUCACAGACUCAGAGUCUCAGUUCAGCUACCAGGCUCUGGAUGACCAGAUUACCUCCCAGCAGGAGGCUCAGUGGUCCCACGAUGGUGGUUCCUACAAUGGGGAGAAAUGGAGCUACCAGCCCCUUUCCCCCAGCUCCAGUGUUCACAGUGGUCAGACUGGGGGUGACUGGAACGGCAUCACCCAGGAGACGAGAUGUGUUUCUGGCGAAGGUUGGAGCUGCGAGCCCCUCCUCUCCUCCGGUCGCUCCUCCCCAGCUUAUGCUGACAGCAGCUCCCAGCGCUUAGAGAAACUUUCCUCUCCCAUGCUAAAUGGGGAAAAAAGAAAGUCCAAAAAUUACUCUCACACCGUCACCCGCAGCAUCUCCCUCAGGAAGUCCAAGCGUCCGCCUCCUCCACCGUUACGCUUUGACUCUCUGAAGCGCCGGCCAGGUCGUAGCAAAUCCUUCCGGUCCUCCUCCAGUUCUCGUCAGGAGCACAGCCCCCGCCUGGAGCGCACCACCCAGCAGACACCCACUGCAUCUCCCCAGACCUUCCAUGACCCCUGGGUUCCCCGAAGUAACACCAAAAGACGCCAGAGUGGGCUAAACUGCGGGACAGUCACAACCUUUGAACCCUUAAACCUAGACUUCCAGGCAGCAACCUCUGCUGACUGCUGUCCCUCCAAGCACCUACCGCCAGGCCCCGGCCACUCUCAUGCCCACAUCCUCACCCCUGGAUCUCCAGUUUCAGAGGAGGAGGGGCUGCAGUUUACUAUCAACCCCAAACCCGCUGCCUGUUCCAUGGCUGGGUUGCAGCGCCUUGCUUCGCCCUCUAGUGGCUACUCCAGCCAGUCUAACACCCCCAUUCCUGGCACUCCGGUGGCUUCCCCCCUCAACCCAUCAUCCCCUCUCACAGCAAGCCCUGGAGCCUUCUCCCUCCCCCCGACAUCCCCCUUCUCCUCUUCACACUCGUCCGCCUUCCCCCUGUCCCUUGCUGUCUCCUCUCUGCCCAGGACAAGGUCUCGGGGUGAAGGGAGGCCAAAGCCACCAGUGCCAGAAAGGAAGUCAUCACUCUUCUCCUCCCUCUCCUCCUCAUUUUCCUCCUCCUCAUCCCUCUCCUCCUGCACUUCCUCAGACUCCUCUGCCAAGCAUCCUCUUUUCCCUGCUCCCCCUCCACCUUCUCCUCUACCAGAAUGUUCCUCUCUUUCACCUCCUGUCUUCUACUCCCCUAUCCGUGAGUCUCCUCCUCCCGCUCCUCCUCUUCUCCAUUCCUGCCUUCCUGCUCCUCUCCCCACUCUUCCUCCUCUUCCCCCUUCCUCCCGGCCUCCUCCUCCACCCUAUUCCUACGCGGUCAGGCAGAUCUCCCAUAAUGCUCUGGUUUCCACAAUGUCAUCAUCAAACAACUUCUCUCCUCCACCAACUUCCCCACCUCUUCACCCAUCUUCUCCUCUUCCCUCCCCUUCAGAACUCCUACAACUGCCAAUCACUGACCUUCCUCCUCCACCACCACCACCACCACCACCCCCUCUUCCUCCCCUGCCUACCCUCCACACAUCCCCUGCCACCUCGCUCCCCCCAGCAAUCCUUGGCAGUUCUCCAAACCGUUGCUCUAAAGUGGCCCCACGCCCCUGCCCCCUGGUCACUGCCCAAGCUUUGCAAGGUGUCAAGCUUCGCUCCGUCAAGAACCAGGAAGGCCUGCUCAGUAGCAUCGUGGUGGCUAAUGCUACAUCUGCUGAUGCUACAGUCCACAUCCAAGCCGGCACACUGACAGCUAAUUCUAACCAGGCUUAUACUAACCAACUAAGCAAUGAAGGUAAUCCAGACAAUUCUGUGUUGGCUAAUAUUAAUCUUAAUGGCCUGGCCAACAAUGAUGUUAAGAUAGCUGGAACUGGAUCACAAAAUGCUAUCUGUUAUCUUGGUAGCAAUGAAGCUAACAUAACUAGUUCUUUAAGGGGUAAUGCUAGUCUUCCUAGCCCAGCCAACACUGUUGCAACGAAACCUAUACAUAAAUUAGAUCAUGAUUUCUGCUACCUAACAAAAAGUGAAAUGAGCAAACCCAGCAAUAAUUCAGAUUUAGCUAAUCUUCAGAGACUACAAGGUAUUGUUCCUAGCUUGGCUAACCAGAAAAGCUCUGGGCCUCAGGUUACCAAUCCACAAGAUAUCCAGUCCAAUGAAAGAGAGAUGAAAGAUUCAGACAUGUAUGCUACACUGGCAAACAAUCGAGUCUCCUGUCCUGAUAGUCCCUGGGUGAAAAUGUCUUAUGAUACUGACAAAAAACACAUCAACACAAUCAUCCAACCUCCUUCUUUCCAACAAGAACAGGUCAAAGAGACAAUGUUAGCAGAUGCUAAGCUAAAUGACCCUGCAGAGAAACAGGGAAACACUGAUGAUGUUUGGCACAUAGAUUCUUCAUACUGGACCCUGCCGCAAACAAAAGAAGAGCCUCACAGAGAAAGCAAAACAAUACUAUCAGAGAGCAAAGAUGAAUUAGACACAAAUGACAAGAAUAAUCGCUCCCUGGAGAAGCCUGUCCUUCCAAAGAAGCCCGAUCUUUGCAUUCUGGGUCUCAUGGCCUCUCCUGAGGCUAGACAAGAACCAGGUGGGCGGCAGAGCAGUGGACAAAUAACAUCGCCUUCUUCUGGGCUCAACAACCAAUCAAAGCUUCCGUCUGAUUCCUCCUGCACAAGUUUACAGACACAUCUGACCCAUGGCAAUCCUUCACCAAAGCACUUGACAUGCACCACUAUUGAGAAAAUGACAGCUCCUGACAAAUCACUGACACACACAAUUUUACCUGCACACUCAGUGACCGCUGCUUCUUUGCCGGUUAACACAACACCUGCUGACAUCACCACAAACUCACCUGCCAGCUCCCCUCAGAGGCAGAAGCCACCAAUUUUGCACAAGAAGCCAGAUCUCUCAUUGACCUCACCCAGAAAAACAAAACCACUCUUUGCAACUAAAAAUGCAGGGGAGGCACCUGAAGGCACCUCCGGGACCUGUAGCAUCCUGGAGAUCACUGAUGUUUCGCGAACACAGAGCACCACAGGAAUCAGUACCUCAGUCUCUAGAAACACUUUCAGUGGGACCAUGGGUGCUUUUGAGGACUGUGGUACAUCAGGAGCCUGGAGCACCAUUGAGAGUAGCACCUUAAGAACCUCGGAGACCUCUAGCACAUUAGGGAACUCAGGGGCUCGCGGAGCUGUUUAUACCCGAACAGGUAGCACCCAAAUUGUAGCAACAGACCCAUGUUGUGCUGGGACCAUGAGGACAAGACUCCAUAAGGAUGAUGAGAAAACAUUUCAUAAGAGGAUGAUGCGGUCAUCGUUGGUUGAAGAUGAAGAGGAAAAUGAAAAGGAGAAGGUGGAAGAGAAAGGAAUAAAGACAACGAUGAUGAUGAUGACAUCCGCCACAAAGAAAAAAGGCAAAGCAAGGAAGAGGAGGAAGAGGAGGGCGGGCAGACAACUGCUUAUGAUGUCUACAAGAAUGGAGCCCUCCCCCUCUUCGUCAUCGUCGUUGUCAUCGUCGUCAUCAUCAUCAUCUUCAUCCUCAUCUGAAGAUGAGCGAGAUGUGGUAAAAGAGAGAAAAAUGCAAACAAGUGAGAGAGUGAGGAUGAUGAAAUUGUGUGAACAAGAGACCAGUGACUCUGAAAGCUCCUGCACUCUGAUUGGUCAGAGCAGGUAUUCCCUCAGCAGCGCGCUGUCCACUGACAGCCUGCAGGGGGAGCUGUCGCUUCCGGACCUCCUGAUACAGGAACCAGAGGAGGGUGAAGAGGAGGAGAGGACCAAGGAGGAUGCAAAGGAAGUCGGGCGACCUCCAGGUGCUGAUCUGUUCGUCAGUGUUUCGGCAGAUCAGAUGUUUGUCUCCGGUCGACCGCGAACCACAGAGGAUCUGUUCGCUGUCAUUCACAGGUCUAAGAAGAAGAUGCUAGGAAGAAGGGAUUCAGAAGAGGAUCGAUAUCGCAUCUCAUCUUCCUAUUCCUCCUCCUCCCACCCGAUGACUCCCACUGACCCCCUUCCCCGCCUGAUGCGACCUGCAGCCCUCAGAAAUCCAAGGUCAGCAAGAAGUGAGAGCUUUAAGGCUCUCCUCCUGAGGAAGGGGAGUCGGUCUGAUUCGUGUUCGCGAAUCUCAGCUGUUGAGCGGCUUCGCAAAGUUGCUUCUCCUACAACCACUACCGACCACCAGGGUGCGCUGUCACUGCCACACCCACCAGGCCAACCCCAAGUCAAACCCAGAAGCCUGUCCCGUACCUCAGACACACAUGACAUCAAUGCCCACCUGACUCUGGACAUACCAGCGUCUCCCAUGUCUGACUGCAGUCAGAACUUCUCUGUCAUUUUGGGUUUGAGGCAAAGGGAUCUGACGCAUAAUCACCUCCUCUUCACCUCCUCCCCCUCUACCUUCUCCUUCCUCCCCUCCUCCUCCUCCUCCAUGCGACCUCGCUCUCUCACUCCUCCCUGCUCUGGCAGCCGACGCUUUGCUGCUCGCUGCCGUCUUUUCGCUACCCCCAUGACCGCCAUCUUUGAAGGGGAAGAUGAGGAGGAAGACGAAGAUGAUGAGGUCUUUGUUGAGUCACCAGGAACCCGUUUGGGAACCGAAGGAGAAUUGAGCCAGCGAUUGGUUGAGACUUCUUGAUGGAAAGGCCAAGUUUAUAGAUGCAGCUGCAACGUCGAAUUGGCUUCUGCCCCUCUUCAAAUUCCGUUGGUAGAGAUCCCAGAAAAACGUACCCGGAUGUGAUGUCUGGGUCUCCUACAGAUCCUUAUCAUGUUUACAGCUGUCCAGCAACACGUUUACCUUCAGCAAAUUGAACUGGACUGAACUGGAUUGGACUGACUCGCAGCCUGAAGCGUUUAAUUGAAUGUACUGAAGCACACUUGGCAACUCUCUAAUAAAGUACGUGUCUCUAGUAGCCAAACUUACAUGUCAGAAAACUACAGAAGCCUGAAAAGGAAACGUCUGUAAUUAUUCCUCGUUUUUUUUAUUCACACUUAUGGAAUCAUGAUCGUAAGAAAACAAGCUUGUUGCGAUGAAACAAUGAUUUUUUUUAUGAUCCUGGAAAAUAACCUUACCCCAACAUCUCCAGUAAAUGUACUUAAAUUUAAACUGUGGUAAUUAUCUUGCAUAUUUGUCUUUUGCUUGAUUUGUCUUUUUCUUACUUGAAUAGACAUUGAGCAGCGAUUGAUAUUCAUUGAUACUCGUUUCUAAGAGUACUCUAUGUUUAGUUUGUAAAGUUAAUGUUGUACAGUCUGCACUCAAAACAUUUUUCGUGUCCUCUCUGACUUAAUGCAGUGAACACAACGUUUGGUAGACGGAUGUCUGUCUGACCAAAGAGGACUUGGGAUAAUUUUAAUGUUGAAAAGAAAUUGAUUUUUGAUUUUCACAUGAGAAGCUUUUUUUCUUUAGAUCAAAUAGAUGUUUUAAUGUAGUACAAUAAUAAUACUAAUAAUGUUAAGCAGCUUUAUUUUAAAGCUUUUCUCAAAGUUUUCUGUAACUACAUACAACAUAGUGGCUGUUACUGGUGUGGGUUAAAUUUGAGAGACUUAUGUAAAUCUGAACAAUUCUACUUAUAAUAGAUUGAUCAGAAUCAUUUUACCACAUCUAAUAAUAUUAAAUCAGCAAUCUGCAGAUGGGCAUUGAGUCAGCCAACUUAGACCUUCGUCUGCACUAUUCAUAUUUUCUUUAUACCCUCCACUUGAAUUAAGAAAACAAAAAUUGAAAUCGCACCUAAAGCCAUAUCAAAGCCAUCUUUUUAAUAUAACUAUCAUGAUAUCUCUCACUACAUCUCACAAGGUGAAACUGAAUUUACGUAAAAGUGUAGGGAGAGAAAAAAAAAGAAAAUAGCCUUUCCUUCUCGCCCAAAGCAGUCGGACUACCCUUGCCAAGCAGAAAUCCAAUGUAUUAUUCCCUCCCCCCUUUUCUGAUCAUACCCCUGUAAUAAUUUUUGUACACUCCCUUACAUUGAUCAGAUCACCUGAUUCUGAUACACAUAAUCAUUAUUAGAUCAGCCAAUUCUGGCGUUAUAUCGGGAUAAUGACAUCCCCGAACAGCAGGAUAAUUUUCCGAUCAAGCAACUGAAAGUUUCCGAACGCACGAACAAGUUCAGUCCAUGUUCCUCUCCAAGGUUAGGGAGCACUAGGAAUAUUUCAACAGCAGCUCCUGUUGAUGUUUUAUUUUGACUUUUGACUCAGUAUUACAAUUUACCAUUUUAUAUGUUAUUAGCAGCUACACUGACUGAAACUAUAAUUAAUAAGGGAAGGGAUGUAGUUUGUCCUUUACUGUAAAUAAUCGUGUUUCAUCUUUCAUUCCUAUCAUGUUUUCUUGUUUCUACAACAUUUGUCUUCUUUAUGUUGCUGCUGCUGGAUCUUUUUCUCUUUCAUUUUUUUGGAUAGAAUUCCUUUCCUCUUCAUUGUCUAUCUUAACGAAUCACGAAUCCUCAGUUUCAAGCCUCAAAUUUGAUUUCUUUCUUCUUCUUUUUUUUCUCAAAGAAAUAAAAGUCUGAAUGAGGAUGUAACUUUAUAAGGUGGAGACUUUGAAUUUAGAAACAUAAAAAUCUCUUCUGUGUGAAUGUAAGAGGUUCAGAUUUACUUUAUUAACCAUAAAAUAUAUACAACUUAUACCUGGAAAACUGGAAUUGUGGAGAGAGAGUGAAAGAGAGCUGGAAGGAUAAAAAUAGGAGAAAAUGGAAACUGAGUGAAAGUGCAGAUGUAUGGUUGGAGAAAGACGGAAGUUAGAACAACUGGAAACAUUUAAAUGUAGAGGAAGGAAAUUGUAUGCAUAUGAGCAGAUGGAUAAAUGGGAGCAAUAAAGGACAAA